AUGAUAAAAGGGUCGCGAAAUGCGACCAUCGUCCCCCAUGGCAAGCAUCUGCAGAUUGAGCCAACGGCCAUCACAUUUGAUGACAUAGAGGCGAACAUGAAGUACAUCCAAACUCUGGUGGUGAGAAAUCUCAGCACGUAUGCCAAGCGCAUCCGCUGUGAAGUUCCCAAGUCAGCCGAGUUCAGAGUAGUCACCGAGAACGAGAUCGGCAUCGCGCCUGGUCUCUCGGUGUCCAUAGACGUGGAGUUCCUGACAAGGAAGCCUUAUGACUACGUUGACAAACUCGUCAUCACUGCCGAGGACUUUCGCUACGAGGUGGAGCUAUGUGCCAAAGCUCCCUGUGCCGCGAUCACUUUUGACACGGUGGUCGAUUUCGGCGCGAUAGUCACAAGAAGAAUUCAUCAGCGAGAAGUUAUCCUGCGCAACGAAGGCUCGAGAGCAGCGACGUUUGACUUCAUCUCGCCUUCCAGAGCUUUGAAGCCAAACCCGCCGUCUGGGAAGAUCGGCCCUGCGGGCAGCUCGGAAGACGUGAAACGGGUAAAGCUCGAGCUGACCCAAGAGACGCCGGGUACAGUUCACGAGCUGGUUCAGCUCAAUCUGCAUGGGCUCAGCUCGCUGGUGCCCGCCAACAGGACCGUGGAUGUGCAUGCCCAGUGCGUCGACCAGACGCUGCAGGUGUACAAAGAUGGACAGGUCAUAAGCAGCCUGGAUUUCGGGAAUUUGUACCAUGGCCUGACGAAGACCCUGCGCGUGGAGCUCGUGAACGAUGGGCCGACCUCCUGUGGUUUCAGUGCUUCGGUUCUUGAGGCGCACGAGGGGGACGGCAUGGCAGCCACCGCGGGCACCCUGCCCGGGGCGUCUUCCCCCUCAGAGACGGUGGAGAAGGCACAGCAGCCUCUCAGCGUCACGCCUUUUGCGGGGACGGUGCCUGCGUUCGGCUGCGUCCCUUUGGAAUUCACCUUCGCGCCCCCCGUGUUCAAGGAGGGUCAGGGCUUCCUCUGCAACCGAUCGCCUGAACGCCACUCCGCGCGACACGAGUUUGCCGGAAAGAUCGAAAGCGAGGAGCUCAACCUGGCUUUGCCUCUGAAGCUCCUGGGUACGGCGGUGCUGCCGGCCCUAAAGGUCUCCCCCGACAUGCUGCAGUUCGGGCAGUGCCCCGUGAACCACAGGCGCGACAUCGUCCUGCGGAUCAGCAACGCAGCGCAGAACAUGCCCUUGGACUUCGAGAUCCCUCGAGUACCACACAUGAGCAUUCAACCCAUGAGGGGCAAGCUGGCUCCCCUCCAGAACACGAAUGUGGUGGUCUCUUUCACGCCGAAGGCGCUCGGCAAGUUCGCACAGGAUCUCAUCAUCAAGUACUGUUCAAGCCUAUACUCCCAUACAAUGAGGUGCGUGGGCGAGGCCCCAGCUCUGGGAGAGAAGCCCGUGCCGGUGAAGGGCCUGGAACGGACGGGCCGCGACUUUGACCCAGAGCACAUCUACGUGAACCAGGACCAGCUGAACCUUCCGCCGCGGACCCGCAAUCUUCAGUCCCUGACGAAGAUCAUGAAGGAGGAUUUGGAGAGGAACCAGAACUCCUCCGACGCACUAGACUCCAUCAUGCUCGACCUGCCCGAACCCACUCCGUACUCGCUCUCGCCGUCGGCGAUGCAGGAACACGUUCGGAACAAGCAGCGGUACAACAAGAUGCUGAAGGAAUCAAGGUUGCGACGGAAGGCGCGUCUGCAAGAAGAGCAACACCCAACAGAACCGAUUGACAUCUUCUACGAGGACGAUGUCAACAUGGGGAUGAUGCCCGGGUCAGGCCUCAAAAGUCCCCGUUACAAUGUCGAUGACAUCCCGAUCGACAGAUUACAUCUGGAGCGUGCGCUGGACGACGACAGCGCGGCGCGUGGAGUAACUGGUCAUCGAUACAUGCACGACGAGAACAAGCUCAUCAAGAAGAAGUACAAGGCCGGGCCCACCACCCAGGCCGAGGUGCGGGAGUGCUCAGCCAGCCUGGAGAACUGGCAGCUGGGUCUGAUCUCAGUGGGCCCUGGAGUCUUGGAUUUCGGGAACGUCUACGUGAAAUCUACCGUCGUGAAGUCUUUCUCGGUCUUCAACGAUCUUCCGCAGGCAAUCCUGGUAGCCAUGCAGUAUGACGCCGAAGAGCUUAGCCGUUCCACACCGACAUCACAG